CUACGCACGUGGACUGAUUGCUGCGGUUCCUGCGCGUCCCUCACUGUCAUAGAUCGUGGCUACGAGGGCAGCCUGCCACAGUGCCCCAAGCUUUCAUUACAGCCCAAAUUUUGGGACAUAUCGAAAGGCGACAUGCUUGAGCACCAACCUUGCGCCAAUGAGGAGAGGCAUAUGAGCGCUGCGGAGGUUUCCGAGCAGGAGGCCAAUGGAGUGGCAACAGAGCACCUACCCCCCGACCAGACAGGGCUGAAUGGCUGCAAUGGGAGUGGCCAUGCUGCAGUCUCACCCCAGGAAAAUGGGUUGGAGAGACACGAGCCGGAAGUGGCCAGAACUCAGGCGGCGCAGGAUAGGAGCGAGGAGAUGCAGAGUGACAAGCUCGUGUCAGGAAGUGAGAGUGGCGUGAAGAUAUCGCCAGCGGAUGCGCAGACAGCCCCUUGCAGUAGCCCGGCCCUUGAAGAAGCUGAGGCCAGGCCUGAAGCAGGAUUGGAGAAGCAAAACGGCAGCAAUGGCGUUGAUGCAGCAGAGAAACCUGGCAAGGGGAAGGGAGGGAGCAAACAGGGCAGCAUAGAAUCGAACAAAGAGCUCAAGGGCAGGGAAGAGGAGAAAGGAAAGGACAAGGGGGAGCGCUCAAAGAGCAGGGGCGCGAAGGACAGCAGAAAAGACAGCAAAGGCGACAGGAGCAGAAGCAAGGCCAGCAAGGACAAAGACAAGGAGAAGGACAAGAAGCGGAGCAGGCGGAGCACGCGCAGCCGCAGUCGCAGCCGCCGCCGACGCGGCAGCAAGCAUCGCUCUCCCGGCAAGCUCUCGCCGCCGCGCAAACGCCGCGCGCACGGCAGCCGGAGCUCCUCGCGCUCGUCGUCCCCCAGCCCGCGGCCGCGCUUCUCCCGGGGCAUCAGCCCCGGCGCGAUGCCCCCGAGGUCGCGAUACACUGCCGGGGGAAUGCACCGCAGCCCGCCAUUCAGCCGCGGCGCGGCGCCCCCGGCCGGCCCGUGGGGCUACGGGGGCGGCGGCCCCCCGUAUGAGCCGCACGGCUACGGGCCGCCGCGGGGUGGUUACUCACCGCCGAGGCGGUGGCCCGGCCCGGGGCGUUCCCCGCCGCCGUACGGGUACGAGCGCCCGUACGGCUACGGGGGGCCGCCCCCCGGCGGCAGCCGCUCGCCCCCGCCGGGCCAGAUCUACGGGCGCAACCCGACGACGGGCUCGCCCCUGUACGGGCCUCCGCCGCCGCACCAGGGAGGCCCUUGGGAGCGCGCGCUGCCGCUGGAGCCGCGGCCGUCUGCGCAGGGCAAGGUCUGGGGCGCCCGCAGCGGCUGGGACUCUGUCGCGCCGGAUGCCCCCGCCCGUGAUGUGCCCUUG